AUGAGCAUCAACCACAAAAAAAAAAUAUUUGAAAAUACUAAUUCAAAUCAAUUUUAAAAUUCACUUGAAUAUGUCUAAGUUCCAAAGAUUCUUGAGCAAUCAAUGAUAUAGUAGAAUCUGCAAUAAAACAGUCAAUUGAGAAACUCAAAUUAAUUGGAUUUAUCAAAGCAAGUCCUAAAUGAGCUUCAGAUUUUAUCACCUAAUGAUUUAGAGUAGUUUCUGAUUCUGUUUAGAUAGCCUCAAUAAAUCAACAUAAAAUUAGAAAAUAGUAUGACUAAUACUUAAUUUGGUUAAUAAUAAUAUUAUGAACAACUUGAAACAGAAGGAGAGAAAUUGAGAUAUAAGUUGAAGUCAGAUGCUCGUAUCGUAUAAUCAAUUAUUGAAAAGCAUUCAAAGAUGAGAUCUAAUAAAUAAAGAUGCAUUUAAUAAAUGAAUCAUCUAAUAAAUGAAAUUAAAUAAUCUAAUAAUGUUUCCAAAUAUUAAGAACUCAACCGAUCGAUUAAGUACAAUUUCAAUUAACUGGAGUCAAUUCAACUAGAAUUAUAAGAUAUUUAAAAAGAUGCCUCCACUUUUGAAAAGGUAAUGUCAGUUUCAGCUUAAUAAUAAUAAACUCAUCACUAAUAUAAUUAAGGCAGCAAUUUACUAGAUCAUACCAUCGGGCAUUCAUCAAAUGAAACAUCUGAAGCUGAAUUCACAUCUUUAUCUUUAUAAAUCUAUUCCUCUAUUGAAAUGCAUGCCAAAGAAUUAGAGCAAACUAUUUCAGAAAAAAAAAGAUUAAUGUAUAUAAGUGAAAACAAUCUUUAAUAUAAGUAAGCAUGUCAAGGCUUGAUAUAGCUGAUUAAAAAGUAUCCAUAAUUUGAAUAACUAAAGUCAUAGCAAAUGAUAAAGUUAGAGAAAAUUGCUUCAAUCUAUUUUUUAGAUUUUUAAAACGAGUUGAAUUAAUAGAUCUUAUAAUAUGCCUAGAUUACUGAGUAAAUUCGAUAGUCUUUAUCUAUUAUUGAAAAGAUGAAAUAUUUAUUGGAAUAAGCAAAGAGUUUAGAUUGUGUAACAGAAUUUUAUGAGUACAUUGAAAAGUAGUUGACUGGAACGCAACUUAUGAUUACAGCAGAUAAUAACAUAAAAUUAGUAAAAGCAUACCAAAAACAAUUUAAAAUGAUAAAUGUCAAUACAUAUCAAUACUUUCACAUAAUGAGACAUAAGAUUUAUAAUAAGUGUCUAAGGGAGUUUGAUUAAUUGUAAUUUAAUGUAAAAAUGGCCUAGAGUUUACAAUAAAUCCUAUUGAACUAAGUUAAAAUAUAUAAAAAUUACAUUUAGUCAAAUUAUUUUCAAUUGUUUAAUGAUGUGUUAGCAAAAUUAAAAUAAGAUCUGAAAUUUGAAAUUUGGAUGCAUUUAAUCAAUCUCUUUAAAGAACAAAAUUAAAAGAAAAAAGACUUAUAAAAUGUUCUAUAAUAUUUAAAAAACUUAAAAUAUGAGAAUCAAGUUUUAUCUAGAUUUAUUCAAUUAUUUUAAUAACUUUUAGAAACAGAAUUAGAACGAAUUAAAGACUUUUAUCCUUAAUUACAUAAAUAUUUAGAGAUAAAGGACUUUAAGGCUUAAAAAGAGUUUGAAAAUUUUUAGUCUCAAUAUUUACAAUGUUAUAAUGAAAUUCACCCAAAAUAAUAAAGCAUAUUAUCUGAUAUUAAUUUUUAUUUGGAAAAGACAAUUAAUCAAUAACCAAAUGACCAAUAACUUUAGUAAUUAAGAUCACUUCAAAACUUUCAACCAAAAAUUAGGUAUUUAAGUAAUAAAAAAAUAUGUGGAAAUUUUAAUGCUAUAAAAGUCUAAUUUGAAGGUUUACUUUAAUUUGAAAUAGAUAUCUUUCAACUCCAAUCAUCAAUGAAAGCCAUAUUAUCAACAAAUUUUAAUCUCAUAUUAGAUGAUUUUUUGGAUAUAACAAAAAUUAAUAAUAAUAGUGUUUUAUCAUAAUUAAUGGAUUUUAUCUAAAAGAAUAUUAAAAUCAAUUCAGAAAUAAAGAGUCAAUCACUUUUUAACAUCAAAGAAUAAUAACUCCGUCAAUUAUAAUGGCUUUGGAUAUUCUUUGAAUAAUUUGACAAAUUUAGAUCUUCUUUAUCGUUAUUAUUCAAUAACAAUUAAACAAUCUAAUUUUCCUCAUAUCUAUAGUUCUUGACAAAAACUAAAUUUAGUACUUUAUUCUAUCAAUUAUCAAAAUGCAAUAAAAAAGUUAGUAUUAAAUGGUGUGAUCUCUAAUAGUAAUUAACUCAAAUAUGUUUUAGAUCAUAUUUAUCCUAUAUUAAAUAACUUCUUGAUAAAGUAAUCCUUUUAGAAAUGGAUAUUCCCUUAAAUUAAAUAUAAUUAAAUAAAGAAAAUUGUUAAUUAAUUUUAUAAUUUUUGCAAUAACAAUAUAUAAGUGAAUUUUAAAGAUUCAUUUUCAAAUAUUAGAUUUAUAAGAAUAUUAAGUAAAUGCAAUCAAAUGAAGAAAAUUUUAAUCAGAUCAAGCAAUAUAUGGAGCAAUUACAAUUUGGAUAAAACGUAGAUGAUUGCCUAGAUCUAAAUUAUAUUUUAAUUGAAUGUUCGGAAUCAUAACUAAAAGAUGUUGAAGUAUUUACAAGCUUAUAAGAAGAAUGGAUUUUAGAUCAUUUAGAACAGGGCGAUACAAGUUUUUUAUAAGAUUUCAUAAAUUAGGAAGGAAUUUUCAGUUUCAAUUUGAUGAAAUACAAUUAAAAACUAUAAAGAUUAGCCAAAUUAUCUGUCGAACAAAGCAUAAACUGGAAAAAUAUAAAAUAAAUAUUAAAAUAAGAAAGUUGA